CAUCUCUUGAGCAAUGGCUGGUUUAGCUGGAGUUGGGUUAUUUCUCCUGAUAGCAGUUGUUAAUAUAGAGGCUGGAAAGAAAUCCUCUAUAAAUAUUAACACAAAAUGCCUGGGGAACGUCAUGCGUGUGGAUGUCGGUCCACUUGGAGGAAAACUUCUUGACGUGUCUGUUGUCUAUAACAACUCUGCCAUUCUCCUGACAUCAAGUUUAGCUUCUCAGUGUGGCUUAAGUGUGAAGAUCGACCAGCUGGGGAACGCCAUGAUUUUUGCCUCACUUCAAAACUGUUUUGCUCAAAAUGUGGACGAUAAAGCAUUCACAACAACAUUAAAUCUUCGACUGCAUGGGAACCAGGUGGCUGAAGACGAGCUGUACCAGAUGGCUGAAACCUGCCACUACACUGCCUGGGCCUCCAGGGAAAUUGUCUGUGAACGCAACUAUAUGGAGGUGUCUGUGAAGAGGUCAGCUCCAGGUGAUUACACCCUGCCUAAACAGCCCUUCUCUAGUGAAAAUCAGUUGGGUGAUCCUCGACGAGCUGCGGUGAAAGCGCCCAUAGAUGCAGGAUUCAGAAUCAAAACGCUUGUGUUCUUCACACCUGAGGAGGAGAAGACCAUGAAGGUGACGGAUGCCCAGGGACAAGGUUAUGGGAUCUCAAACACCCCGACAAGGCUGGUUUUGCGAAGCCCGAUAACUUCCCCUGAAACUUACACCUGGCAUGUAGCAGGUGUGCCUAUGACGGUGCUCAAAACCUCAACAAUAUUUGAAAAGAAGUGGCUGUCAACUCAAAUUCACGCAGCAGCUGCCUGCCCAAUACUGGAGGGUAGUGUUUCUUUCACUCCACACUCGCUCAGCUGGUUCCUGCCGAGGCACAUUGACCCUCUAAUUCUCUCUGGCCAGUUUAAACUGUUAGAGGUGCACAUGGGUGUCGAUGGACAGAGGCUCGAUGCUGCAGAGAUGACCGACAGGCGUUACUCCCUGUCUGUCAAUGACAUAUACAUCAUCAUUGAAAUCCCUGUUGGAGCUGUCGGUGGCCACUUUAAGAGUCAUGUUCAAAAUGGUCAGUAUCUCACUACUUAUACAAUUGAGCCCAUGCUCGAGUUGCUCUGGACUGAAGAUGCUGCUUACGAGGACACCAGAUACAAAGUCCUCCUCCCCAUCACCUCGCCGCUUCUGUCUCGACCUCCACAAGUUAUUGACAACACUGUUCCUGAGGACCAGAUAUUUAAGAUGUUAGUUGGGCCGUUCUGCUCUGAUGUGGCACUAAAGAACAUCACCUUCCCUUCUGAGGUUUUAUCCAUAGCUGACUGCAAUGCGAGAGGCCUUAAAGUCUUGGAGCACAUGUCCCCUGAGAGCUGCUCGAAGGUGUUUACGCUUGAAGUGCCCUUCACAUACCAUGGCGUUGUACAAAGGAAAGAAAUGGGGAUUACAUUCUACUCUCUUCAGCUGACCUUUGGCUUGCUGGUUCAGCCAGAGUUUACACCAUUUGCUCACAUUGCUUAUCUGGAAGCACAAUUGGUUCACAAAGUUCCUCCCUCUGUCACUGGUGGCUGUGAUUAUCAAAACUUCUAUAUCCUCGUGAAAUACGGCACCCAUGGCUUCAACUUUCAGACACAAGUGGGAAAGCAAAUGUUGACAUCUGGCCUGGCUCGGAAGUACAGCUUCAUGGACAAUGGAACACACUUCAGUUUUACAGUACCAUUUUCUGCCCACAACGCUGCGAUUGAGGCUAUUGAGGCAUCAUCCGUUAGGAGCAGACUCGAUGUCACUCUUAGGAAUCCAGACACCACCAAAAAUAUUCAAGAAUUCUCCGUGGCUUGCAGUUUCAUGUCAACACUGACUGAGUGUUUCCCUAAUGGAACAAUCACCGCUCUGGCUAUGAAACUGGAGUCUGUUCCCAGUUUGCAACUCAGUCACCUCACCCUCAGAGACCCCACCUGUGGUCCAACAUACAGCGAUGACCAUUAUGCCCAUUUUACCUUUACUGGGAACUCCUGUGGCACAACCAGAAAGUUUCUGCCCAAUAUGAUGGUGUAUGAAAAUGGUAUCUCUCUGCCUGACCUUGAAAUAAAAAAAGAAUCAAAGACGGAUGAGCCAGAGUAUGAGUAA